CAUUCGGAGGCUGCUUGUUACCACGAGUAAAAUGGCGACUGGAAAAUCAGAAGAAAAUAGCGAGCUAGUAGAGCAAUUGCAACAGGAGUUUCAAGAACAUUUAAAAGGGGUGUUCGAGAAAAAUAAAGAAUUUAAAUACAGUGGUGGCUUGACUGCGGAGAAUUUCGAAGAAGAGAUUAGGAAAGUGCCAGCAUUUAUAAAUGAGGCUCCAACACAAGAAGAGAUUGAUGCAUCACCAGCACUUGCAGCAUUGCAAGCUUUGAAGUAUGAAGAAACUGAUCCUCAUGAGUGUGCAUUGGCACACAAAGAAGAUGGCAACCACCAUUUCAAGCAUAAUAAAUAUGAUAAAGCUGUUACAGCAUAUUCAGAAGGCUUGAAGCAAAAAUUUGAUGAAGUGGAUCUCAGGGUUAUUUUACUGACAAACCGUGCAGUGGCAAAUUUUUAUCUGGAGAACCAUAGAAGCUCGCUGAAUGAUUCCCUAGAAGCCCUUAAACUGAACGACACACACAUGAAAGCAAUUUUAAGAGCUGCAAUGAGUUGCUUUGAGCUGAAGCGAUUUGACGACUGCAUUCAAUGGUGCGACAACGGACUCCAAAUUGAUGCCAAUGAAAAGAGACUAGUAAAUCUGCGACAAAAAUCUAUUGGUGCACAGAAAUCACAAGAUCGUGAUAAACGAAAACGAGAAGCAAGUGAAAAGAAGAUUCGUCAAAAGACUAUGAGGCUAGCUUCUGCUUUGGAGGAGAGACAUAUAAAUAUAGAAGGCAGCGAGAAAGAAAAAUCUUCUAGCGAUCUUCUUGAAAGAAUAAAGUCUUCAUCGGAACAUCAGCCUCAAGAUGGCAAACUUUACAUAGACGAGUCGAAUCAACUUCAUUGGCCUGUUUACUUCCUGUAUCCCGAGUUCAACCAAUCAGAUUUCAUUGAAGAUUUCUGCGAGAAUCACAGGUUUAUAGAUCAUCUUGAUUUGAUGUUUGAUGCUGCCUGCCCACCUGAUUGGGAUCAAGAUAAAAAAUAUAGAGUCGAAAACUUGCAGCUCUUUUAUGAAGACAGACAACGAAAUAAAUGUGUUGAAGUAUCUUUGUACAAAACAUUGAAAGGAGUUCUAAGUGACAAAAGAUAUGUUGUAAGAUGUGGAGCACCGGGUUUUCUUGUACUUUCCAAAGCGUCGGACUUUUAUGAAAACUUUAAAAAGACUAUGGAGAUAGAGAGCUGAAAAUAAAGACAUAUUCCAUGCUUUGAGAAUCUUAUUUCGGGGGUGCUGCGCAUAACUUGGUGGGAGCUGCGGAGUUUCAAACAAAGCUACGUACAGUGGAAUGGGGACUGCGAAUAAGAGUUUUGUACGCCAGGCAGGAGAUUCGUCCGAGAGAGGCCGUUGCUUCUCAUCCUUUCCAGGUGGUUACUUAAAUUCUUCCGAGCUUUCGGCACGUGCAAAGGACAAUAUUUGAGCGCGACUCAACGUGACCUACAAAAGAAAAUGAACUCAAAAAACACAGUAACGGAAAAACCAUGCCCAAAAAUCAGUUCGUAUUUGAAUAAGACUGAACAAAUGCUCAAACAUCUUAAUUAUAAAGAAGGAUUCCAACAGAAAACAUUGGCGGUGAUAGACAAUGCGUUGGCUUUGUGAUCUCUUUUCUCUUUUGCUUUCGUAACAAGAUUAGAAAAUGCAAAAGAAAGGGCUCUAAUUGGACGUCGAAGUAUGAAUUCUGUGUUUGAUUAAAAUUGGUUACGUCCUUUAACAACAUUACACAAAAAUGUCGUAUGUUGACAAAUAAUGCACCGUGUUGUUUAAAAGUAAAUUUAUCUCGAUAUAGAAUUAAAGCUUGCCUGA